AUGGAGUUUGCGGUAUCAUCACCUUUACCAUCGGAUUACAUUCGUAGCGACCCAAGAGUAUUCUUCUCGUAUCAUCCAGAGAACGCAUCAUUUCAAAAAGGUUUUCUGGGUGUGGAUGUCUCCACCGUCUCUGGUACACUACACGUUCGAUUUCCCUAUGCCGUCGAAGUCAAAAACAUCACAUUAACGUUCAUCGGUCGAGAAAUAGUGGAAUCUGCCUCGUCCGCUUUGGGACGUGAUCUCAUAACCGAUUUGGAUCUACCAUUUAACUUCAAUGUACCAGAAGAUGCCAUCGAAUCCUUUAUCUCACAAUUUGGUAAAGUACAAUAUACUCUAAGGGCCACCAUCAAUCGUAAAGCCAAGAAGAAGACAACUGUGGAAGUGGUAGUGCCAUUAUGUAGAUGGUCAAUGCCUGAGGAAUCAAAAAUGAGAGAAGAGUCAUCAGAAGCACAACACAUAUGGAAAAGAUAUAAUAAUGAGGCCGGUGGGGACAGAUACGGAGUUUGA